AUGGAUGCACCUUCUUCUUGUGUGCAGCAGACCUUACUGACCGAGGACUCUCCUGUGAUGAGCGCUACAGUUUUGAACAACGGACAACAGAUCCACGCUGCUUCAACAGAAGAAACGAUGGCCGUUCUUCGAUUUGAUAUUUCAAAAGUUCUGAUAAAAACUGAUUGAUUUUAUUUUAGUGAUUUUCAGCUUCAAAACCCUCUUCACGGUACUUUCCGAGUUACUUGGUGGGACAUUGAGAAGGAAACUUGGGCUGUGAAUCAGCCUUGUACAAUCAUAUCAGUCAAAGAUGGGAUUCUGGAAGCACGAUGCAUUCAUUUGACCGACUUCACACUCAUCGUGGUGGGUCUUAUUCUUAGUUUCCAUCAAAUUUUGCCUAGGAUGGGGCUGUCGACGAUCCGAUCGUCUGUGACAGCGCCUUGGAAGGAGUCGGACUCGCGACCAACUUGAUAUCUAUCAUUUCUCUGGUUUUUCUCUGCGCUCUCAGUUUAGGAGCUUAGUAAGUUUUGUCUCACUACUUCUGUCUCAAUAGAAAUUCAGUACACAUACCAUGACGCGGACAAGUUUCUACCGCUACGUCAAUGGAAAUUCGCUCCCGAAGCAAGACGUCGUCGCCACCGUCUACCAUUUCGAUUUGCUCCUUUUCUAUCUUCUCUUCGCCUUUUUCUCAAACGAAUCUAUAGCCGGUAGAGCUUGUGAUGAGAUGGCAGCCAUAACCUACGCCCUGCUGGUCUGGUAUGUGGAAUCAAUUUUCCCUUAAAAACAUCUUCUGCAGUUCGUUAUUUCUAACGGUUUUUCAAGGAAUCAGGACUAUUCUUCCUUUCGUACCGAUAUUUUUCCGGCCCUUUUUCAAUGCAUUUUUAGCUCCGCCUGCCGUUAUUUCCGUCAGUCUCAGUUAGUUUUAACAUUAAUCGAAAAACGUCCUUAUACAGCACUACCGUUUAUGCUAUCUCUGUUUCUUCUGGUGUUCACCAACUUUUUCGACCGCGACGACAGUUUUUGCUGGGUCCGACCUGAUUACGUCGUUUACGCUAUAGUCGUCCCCGUCAGCAUACUUGUGUUGAACGGGAUUAUGUGCACGAUGUUCCUGGUUUACAAAGUGUUUUUGAACAAAACGCGGAAGUUUAGUCGAGUGGUAGGCUUUUCUUAUUGAAAAAAGAGUGAGAAACUAUUCCAGCUCAACCACCAACACGACCCGCAGAUGAAAUCGAAAAUAAUUGGAAUGAUAUUCAUGCAAAUUUCUCUCGGAAUGCCUUGGGUGAGCUGGAACUGA